AUGGCUUCCCUUGCUACAGCCCAAUCUUCCGACGCCCCGGCCGAAUCGUCCACUGGCGGGGUAGCCAACCCAGUCCCAGAUGCUGGAAACGCCGGAGCAGAAGCGCAAGGUGGAAAGGUCAAGUCGGAAAAAGAACUUGAGAGGGAGCGAAAAAAGGCCGAAAAACUAAAGAAAUUCGCCGAAAAGGCUGCAAAGAAGGCGACCACAGCCCCUGCGCCAGCCAAAACUACGGAGAAGAAGCCCAAGAUAGAGAAAGACAAGACCACCGACGCCUACGACCCCAAAGUAAUCGAAGCCGGCAGAUACAAAUGGUGGGAGGAGCGGGACUUGUUCAAACCCGAGUUUGGCCCUGACGGGAAAGUAAAAGAGGCCGGAUACUUCGUCAUUCCAAUUCCACCACCAAAUGUUACGGGAGCUCUCCACAUUGGUCAUGCUUUGACGAAGGCUCUUCAGGAUACCAUGAUCCGAUGGCAACGAAUGAAGGGAAAGACCGUACUGUAUCUUCCAGGAUACGACCAUGCUGGUAUCUCCACACAGAGCGUUGUAGAGAAGAUUCUAUGGAAGACGGAAAAGAAAUCGAGGCACGAUCUUGGAAGAGAAGCUAUGGUGGGCAAAAUCUGGGAGUGGACACACAAGUACCACGACAGCAUUACCGCCUCCCUUCGGAGGUUGGGCGGUUCUUUCGACUGGUCCAGAGAGGCCUUCACUAUGGACGAAAACCUUUCUGCUGCCGUUACUGAGACCUUCGUCCGCCUCCAUGAAGAAGGAACUAUCUAUCGUGGAAACCGCCUUGUGAACUGGUGUGUUGCUAUGAAUACAUCCCUGUCCAAUCUUGAGGUGGAAAACCGUGACCUUGAAGGUCGAACUUUGCUAGAUGUCCCUGGCUAUUCGAGGAAGGUUGAAUUCGGUGUUCUGACUCACUUUUUGUAUGAAGUCGAUGGCACGGAUGAGAAGAUUGAAGUUGCGACUACUCGUCCAGAAACCAUGCUUGGUGAUACUGGUGUAGCUGUCCAUCCUGAUGACAAACGAUAUCAGAAGUUUAUCGGAAUGAAGGUUAAGCACCCCUUUGUCGACAGGUUGCUACCAAUCUUCGCAGAUGAUAAGGUUGACCCUGAAUUCGGUACUGGUGCUGUCAAGAUCACUCCUGCACACGACUUUAAUGAUUAUAUUCGUGGAAAGGAAAACAACCUUGAGUUCAUUUCGAUCAUGAACGAUGACGGUACUUUCAACGAAAACGCUGGCCCCUUCGCCGGAGUGAAGCGUUUCGAUGCCCGUUAUCAAGUUAUUGAGAAACUAAAGGAAAAAGGACUGUAUGUGAAAUGGGAGAACAACCCAAUGAAGGUUCCACAGUGUCUCAAAUCGGGUGAUGUUAUCGAGCCCAUCAUGAAGCCGCAAUGGUGGAUGAAGAUGAGCGAGCUCGUGAAGCCUGCUAUCAAGGCCGUCGAAAGUGGAGAAAUUAUCAUCCGCCCAGAGAGCGCAGAGAAGAGUUACUACCGAUGGAUGUACAAUCUCAAUGACUGGUGCUUGUCGAGACAGCUGUGGUGGGGCCAUCAAGCUCCCGCUUACUUCGUCGAGAUUGAAGGCGAAAAGGGCGAUGAUUCCGACGGCAACCUCUGGGUAACUGGCCGCACUGAGGAGGAAGCAAAGGCUAAAGCCGACGCGAAAUUCCCAGGAAAGAAAUUCGUGCUAAAGAGAGACCCCGAUGUGUUGGACACUUGGUUCUCUUCUGGUCAAUGGCCAUAUUCUACUCUUGGCUGGCCUAAGAAGACCCAUGACUUCGAAAAUCUUUACCCUGUCUCCAUCUUGGAAACUGGAUGGGAUAUUCUCUUCUUCUGGGUUGCUCGCAUGAUCAUGCUUGGAAUCAAGAUGACUGGUCAAGUCCCAUUCAAAGAAGUAUACUGCCACUCGCUCAUCAGAGAUUCCGAAGGCAGGAAAAUGUCCAAGUCUCUUGGUAACGUUGUUGACCCCAUCGAUGUCAUGAACGGCAUCUCCCUACAAAAGUUGCACGAUAAGCUGCUAGAAGGUAACCUUGCGGAGAAGGAAGUUGCAAUCGCAACGAAAUUCCAGAAAAAGGCUUUCCCUAAAGGCAUCCCAGAGUGUGGUGCCGAUGCGCUACGAUUCUCGUUGCUUGCGUACAGUACAGGUGGUGGUGAUAUCAAUUUCGACAUUCAGGUGAUCUACGGCUAUAGAAGGUUCUGCAAUAAAAUUUACCAGGCCACCAAAUUCGUUCUAGGCAAACUGGGAGACGACUUCAAACCCCAAGCAGCGCCUACUAAGACUGGCAAGGAGUCCCUUUCCGAGAGAUGGAUCUUGCAUAAGUUCAACCAGGCUGCAAAGGCAACCAACGAGGCUUUGGAGAACCGUGAGUUCUCUGUCGCGGCCAACACUAUUUACCAGUACUGGUACAGCCAACUUUGCGAUGUUUUCAUCGAAAAUUCCAAGACUCUGUUGCAAGCAGAUGCCGACCCCGCUGUCCAGCAGUCAGCUAAGGAAACUCUUUAUACCUCUCUAGAGGGCGCUUUGACUCUUGUCCAUCCAGUUAUGCCUUUCGUAACUGAAGAGCUCUGGCAGCGCCUCCCCAGACGGCCUAAUGAUGAAACCAUCUCCAUCAUGAAGGCCGCCUACCCAGACUAUAACUCUUCGUUCGACGACCCCGCCGCAGAAACCGCCUAUGAACUCAUUCUCAAUACGUCAAAGGCGAUUCGAAGUAUCCUCGCUGAAUACGAUGUGAAGACUAAGGGAGAUGUCAUCGUUCAAGCAUAUGACGCAACAAGCCACAAGACUAUCUCCGAAGAACUUGCCAGCAUCAAAUCUUUGAGCGGCAAAAAUAUUGGCGAAUUGACCCUGCUCGAUGCCGAUAACCGUACACCUCCACCAGGCUGUGUUGUUUCACCUGUCGGCGCCCAAGCCGCUGUAUAUCUCCAGGUGUCUGACGAAGUCCGCCUAGAGCAGGAGGAAAAGGCCAAAGCUAACCUCCUGAAGAUCCAAGAUACGAUCAAGAAACAGCAGGCUAUCAUGAAUGCUGCUCAGUGGAGAGAAAAGGCUAAGCCCGAGGUCAGAGAACUUGAAGAAAAGAAGCUGUUGGAUGCCCAGGGCGAGGCGGCACGUCUUGAAGAGCAGAUUUCUGAGUUAGAGAAACUGAAAAUUUAA